CGCAUCGCGGGCACAUUUGCGCGCGCCAAGUGCCGUCGCCGCUGGACGGACCGAAGACGACGCGACGCGACGAACACCGCGACCUGUUGUUGGGGGGCGCCGGGUCGGGGCCCCUACAGGUACCUACAGCCGGGACUCGCGAGUGCUAUGCAGCUACAGUGGGUACUGCCGCGUUCAACAUGUUCGGAAAGUGUCGGUGUGCUAAGUGGAACGUGACAGACGACCAACAUUUGGAUUAUACUUCUUGACGAAGACGCACCUGGUGAGGUGCAUCAUCAAUUGAUCCGCCACGAUGACGAUGUGGCAGAGCGGUAUGGGGGGGCACGGGGGGAAGAACAACGCCUGGAUGAAGUUGAUGGGCAUCGUCCACAAAGAGAGGAGGUUUCACGACUCCGGGCCUGUUUCCACCGAUCGAACAUUAAGUCAUUCCGGAUACUAGGAAGAGCAAAAUAUAAGGGUACCCAACAUCUACAGAUACCAAGUGCUACGAUCAUGAUAAGACAGACACAUGACGCAACGGAACGUUUUUGUAUUGUCACUAACAACUAUCCUUUGAACUCAAAAAUUAGCUGAC